AUGGCCGCUUUACCUGCUCAAUUAAGUGAACAUGUCAAAAUCACAAUAUACGCCGACGACCUCUGCAUCUGGGCCUCCUCCACCCGUCGGGAUGUAAUCCAGCGUCGCUUGCAAGGUGCUUUAGACACUAUCGUGUCCUACCUCUCCGACCGUGGUCUUUCUAUCUCACCUAGCAAGACUGUUGCCAUGGCAUUCACCCGCCGAUCCUUCCGCAAAUUCCCCCUCCGCGUUGACGGCCAACAGCUCGCCUUCGUGCGUCAUCACAAGUACCUGGGCAUAACCAUUGACAGGGAGCUGACUUGGUCCAAGCAGGUCAAGGCCCUGUCUACCGCGGCGACUACCAUCGUGAACGUCCUCCGCCGCAUCUCUGGUUCGUCCUGGGGCCCAUCAUACCCUGACCUUCGCCAGGUACAUGCCUCACUCGUCCUAGGGCUCCUGCGUUACAGCUUACCGGUAUUGCACGGUCUAAGUUCAACAACAGAGCGCGAACUUUUGAACAUCCAGGCGCGAAGCCUUCGAGUUUGCCUUGGUGUCCCCAAAGCGACCGACACCUUCCUCUUGGCUGAGGCGAAGGAGACGCCAGCCCACGUCCUACGCGACAUGGAGACCCUGUGCUCUUGUGCGCGGUACCGCACACGACAUGCUGCCCACUACCUACGGGACAUUCACCUACUGUAG